UCAUCUAGUAUUAAUUAAGAGACCUUCGAGAAUACAAGCAAAAAAAAAUUUUUUUUCAAAAUUUUAUACUAAAAGCAAUCAAUUACUCAGGAAUUAAAAAUAAGAAAAAUUCAAAAAUAAUGGAUUGUACAUGGAUUCAUUGCACUUCCGGCUCUUCCUUACCUUCUGGCGCUGUGGUUGGAGGUCAUGAUUGUGAUGGCUCACCUAUUUAUGUCGGCCGGUCUAGUCAUGAAGGUGACAACUUGCCUGCCAAAGUUACGCCCUGUAAAGGCUGCGCUUUUGUUUCCUGGGGUGGAGCUGAACACAUGAAACAUCAUUAUGAGGUUCUAGUGGGUCAUGGCUAUACGUGGAAAUCGUGUCAUGGUGGUCAUGUGCCACUGAAUGCCGUCAAGUCCGGCAUGACUCGUACCGGUGAACCUUUGUAUAUCGGACGAGGACUUCAUUCUGGUAGUUUAUGUGUCGGCAAAGUUCAUCCAUCUCAUGGCUGUUUGUAUAUACCUUUCGGUGGGCAAGAGGUACGUUUAAAUACCUACGAAGUAUUGGUGCAUGAAAUAUCUGAUAGAUGGGUGUCUACGGGUAUGCAUUGUGCUCCCCCUGAUGCUGUCGUAGCAGGUCAUGAUAGCGAUGGUGCAAUUAUUUAUGUGGGACGUGCUUUGCACGAAGGUGAAAUGCUACCCGCAAAAUUUAUACCCAGCAAAAAAUGCGCUUAUAUAAGUCAUAGGGGCCAUGAACAUAGUAAAGUUGUUUUCGAAGUAUUAUGUGGUCAUCAUUACGCCUGGCAGGUACCUACAUCCUAUCAUCAUGCUUUACCCGCCAAUGCUGUUUCGUGCGGUUUAUCACAUACCGGUGAACCUUUGUAUAUUGGUCGUGGUGCUUGGCAAGGUAGUAUGACGCCUGGUCGCAUAUCAAUUAGUCAACGUUGCCUAUUUAUACCUUAUGGAGGGCAGGAGAUACGCUUAAAUAAUUAUGAAAUUUUAGUCAAACAUAAGUAAACGAAAAUGAUGUAAAUAUCUAUACAGAGGUUAAUGUAAAUUGCUACAAAGUGUAUAUAUUAAAUGAAAUGUUUUAUAA